CUCGGGCUUCAGGUCUCUGCACUAUGAAGAACAUAUAUUUUGCAUUUCUUCCAGGGAUCUGUGCCCUGCUGAUAUCACUGGGAACUAUUGCCCGGAGGGCUGGAGCUCCCUGUGCCCGGUGCCCACGGCAUGCCCAUUGUACCAAUGCCACUGCCUGCCGCUGUGAUCCUGGAUUCACUUCUCUGUCAGGGAAGGACAUCUUUAACAGCCUCUCAGAGAUAUCGAGUGUGGUAAACCCUUACGUGUAUCUUGUGGAAACAUAGCAGAUUGUCACAACGUGGAGGGAAGCUCCUAUUGUGAGUGUGCCUCUGGGUACAAAUGCCUUUCAGGGGACACAAAAUUCAAAAGUGAGA